UUGUAUAUAUUCAAAUACGAAUAUAGACUACGCAUUGUUAUUUAGUUAAGCCAUCUUACGUGUGAAUACGCGAGCAUCGAUAUCAUGCGGACGAUGAUUUACUUGAUUUAUUUCUUACUGGUAUUGCAUUUCAAAUCCGCUGUGGUCUCUAUCAGUGUCGAACGAGACGGAAGUAAGGCGAACAGAUACCUUAUAGAGAAGUGGGAAAGCUGGUUUAAUGCAAAUGAUUUCAAUCGUGAUAGAGUUCUCUCAAUGGAUGAUAUUAAACUAUUUGAGAACUAUUACAAAGACCUGGGUUACCUGAGUGACGAACACUUAAAGGAAAUCAAUAAAAGAACGGAUCGAAUAUGGAGGAAAAUAAUUUUAAACAACACAUUGGAAAUCACUAAAGACGACUUUGUAGAGAUGCUGAAGCAAAAAUAUGAAUCAGACAAAGAAGUAUUUACUGAAAUGAUGCGCGAGUACAUCUCGGAUUGGUGCGAAACGAUGGACUUGAACGAUGACUAUUUUAUUUCAGAAGAAGAAUUUCUUACUAACGUGUUCGCAUCUCGACACAAUACAAUUGCAGCAGACGAUGAAUUGUUCCAGGCCUUUAGGCCUGUAAACGGACGUUUUCCUGUUAAAACGAUGAUUAAUUAUUUCAUACGCUCUGCAACGGAUACGAAUGAGUCGACCCCUGACGUUUUUCAAGAUGCAUUAGAUUCUGGUUUUUAAAUAAUGUUUGGUUGUUAUUUGUUAUAACAGUACCGAAUUCAUGACUACAGAUACCACAACAGGCAUUCGAUCGUGACAAAAACAGAUAUGUUACUUUGUUAUCUUUUGACAGAUUGUUAAUUUAAUGUAAUGUCAUGAAUACAUUUCUUGACAGUGUAACCAAAACCAAUUGAAUAUUUUAGGGACUGUCGUUUAAAAUCAUAUUUGUUUCAAUAUAACAUUGAAUGUAUAUCACUUGUGAAGCGCAGGUUUUUCUAAAUAAAUCUAUAUGCCUUGGAUGAAUUUGUCUCUUUCAGUGUAAGAGUCUUACAAUCAAUUUUAAAAUGGCAUUACAUGGAAAGCGUUAAAAUUUAUUUUACAAUAUAAGUACAAAGAUGGAGGAAAUGAAAACCGAUUUCUCUUUAAGCACGAUAUUUUGGUCGUAACUUACAUAUGUAUUUAUGUUUAAAGAUAUACUAUGCUUAUCUUUGAGUGAAAUAAUUUUACCGCAAAAAGUUAUUGAAAUCUAUGAAAUUUUUAGUGAAGAUAUCUAAUUUGAAUAAAAGAGUUUCAAACUAUUAAUGGGACGCUGUAUUCCCCAUUACAGGUCAAAUAAAAUUGGUCCUUUUUAAACAAAAAUCUGCCAGGUUUUUUAUGACACUGUAUACUCAUAUUGUGGUCACCUAUAGUGUGUAAAAUAUAAAACAUGUUUUGUUUGAAGUCUAAACAUGUUGAUUUUAUAUUAACAUAGAUACAAUGUAGCCAUUUUCAAUAUUUUCAAAUAUCAAAUUCGAGCAUAAUAUAGCUUUAAACAGACGUUGUCUUAAGAUAAAAUGUAAAUGAUACAAUAACAAAAGAUCAAUACUUUGCAUUUUUGAAGUUAUCACUUUGUAAACAUUCAGUAGAUCUUCAAUUGAAGUUGUUAUUUUCUGUUUUUUUUUU